GGAGUGGCCACCUGACACCUUCUGCUCCACUUUCUGACAUUCUGUUCGACUUGAUCGCUGCUGGAGGGAUUUAUAUACUUUUUUCCCCCUUUUAUCAAGCUGUUGUCCUGGGAGAAGUUCAGUAGAAUCAGAAUGAUGCGGGCGUGACGACGCCAACCUGGCUCUAAUGAUGUACGAGGUGAUGUCUGGUGACACCCUGGCCUGGAAAGGAGCCAGUCCAAGACAAAGCAGCAGAGACCCCAGCCCUGAAAACGGGAUUACUGGGGAGGGAGGGCCAGUAAAAAUCCUCAAAGUGUGCUUCUGCACCAACAACAACCUAGGAAAGAACUUUAAGCUGGUGAAGUGUGACAGCUCCUGGAAGAUUCAGGCUAUCAUUCGCUCAAUUUUGAUCAGCGGUCGAUUGGGACCCAACGUUGAACUCUCAAAAUGUUACGGUCUUAUGCUGACGCACUUAAAGUCCGAAGAAUUUCACUGGCUCCACCCAGAUCUGACUGUGGGUGAGGUUGAACAACGCUACGAGAGUCAUCACGUGGAGGCCGAGUGGAGAUACGACCUUAGGAUCAGGUACAUUCCAGUCAAUUUCCUGGAGAAGUUUAAAAAUGACAGAUCCACGUUUCUUUAUUUUUAUCAGCAGGUGCGUAGUGACUACAUGCAGUGUCAUGCCAACAAGGUCAGCGAUGGGAUGGCCCUGCAGGUUGGCUGUUUGGAGAUCAGGAGAUUCUACAAAGACAUGAAUGCAAAAGGUCUUGAAAAGAAAUCUAACUUUGAGCUGCUGGAAAAAGAAGUUGGCCUGGACCUUUUUUUCCCUCAGCAACUGAUGAACAGCAUGAAGCCUAAGCAGCUACGGAAGAUGAUCCAGCAAACAUUUCAACAGUAUGCAACCCUAAAGGAGGAUGACUGCAUGAUCAAGUUUUUUGAGACCCUCAAGACAUUUACCAACUUUGAUGAAGAGGUUUUUCCAUGUGAACUUGUGCAAGGUUGGAGUUUGUCUGUAGAGCUGGUCAUUGGAGGAAGGGGCAUUCGCCAACGUUCUCAGAAGGAUUCAGCAGCUUUGUUCCUUACUGACUUCAAACAGAUAAAGAAAAUCCAAUGCUUGCCACAGACCAAUGAUAAGGCUCUCCUUAACAUCAGCGUCGAAGGUGCCAAACAAAACCUGUCUAUCAGUGUGGCUUCGGUUCCUAUGGCAGAAAACAUGAUGGAUCUCAUUGAUGGAUACUGUCGCCUGGAAAAUGACACAGACGACAGUGUUAUUUACCGACCAAACAAAGAUGCCAAGUCUGCACAGGUGUCCCUACCUGACAUCCCCACAGGCACUGACUUCAGCUCAGCUAGACACAGCAUGGGUUCUGAUAUUUACUGUGAGAUUCUUGAUGAGAGGCCAAAAUCAGCUGUGAAAUAUGGGAUUGAUAGAAGUGACAUCAUUCUUGGGCGAAUCCUUGGCGAGGGCUUCUUUGGAGAAGUCUAUGAUGGAGUGUACAAAAGAGCUAACGGCGAAAGAGUUAAUGUGGCAGUCAAGACCUGCAAGGACUGCUCAUCUGAGGUGAUGGAGAAAUUCAUGAGUGAAGCAGUUAUUAUGAAGAACCUCGAUCAUCCUAACAUCGUCAAGCUGAUUGGCAUCAUAGAGGACAAUCCUGUGUGGAUCGUAAUGGAGCUUUACCAGUACGGAGAGCUCGGUAGAUACCUGACUCAGAACCAAAACAAACUGACAAACACAACCCUGGUGUUGUUCAGCCUGCAGAUCUGCAAAGCCCUCGUCUAUCUCGGGGGGUGCAACAUGGUGCACAGAGAUAUAGCUGUUCGGAACGUGUUAGUUGCAAGCCCAGACUGUGUGAAGCUUGGAGACUUUGGUCUGUCGAGAUACAUUGAGGAUGAAGAAUACUAUAAAGCUUCUGUUACUCGAUUACCAAUCAAGUGGAUGGCCCCAGAAUCCAUAAACUUUAGACGUUUCAGCUCAGCUAGCGAUGUCUGGAUGUUUGCUGUGUGUAUGUGGGAGAUCAUGAGCCAAGGACAGCAGCCAUUUUUCUGGCUGGAGAACAGGGACGUCAUCAACCAGCUGGAGCAGGGCAUCAGAUUGCCCAAACCAGAGAACUGCCCUCCAGCUCUUUACUCACUCAUGACUCGCUGCUGGUCCUACGAUCCCGGAGAGAGACCCAGCUUCACUGAGCUUGUUAUCAAGAUCAGUGACGUCCACAAGAUGGAGAAAGAGCUGGACGUAGAGAGAGAAAGAGACAGAGCACGUGCCACCAAAUUUCUGGAACCAAAAGUCAGCUUUGCAGAUGCUCCCCCCAAGCCCUCAAGGAUGAAGCCAAGUCGAUUUGGGAACACCCUCAGUAUCGGUCUACAUAUUCAGCUGAAUGAAGCUCUUUGUGCCAGCUCACCAGACCUGGCCAGCCCAUGUGAAUACCAGUCGCCGAUUGACUCCAGAAACACGCUCACUCUGCCGGUUCAGUCUCCCCGUCGCCGCAGUAUGGGGGAGAGUGAGUUUAUUCGAGCGGAGCCAAACAUUAGGGAGGAUGCCCAGCGGCUGUGGCAGAGAGAACGGCAACACGUGCAGGAGACUCUGCGGCUCCAGAAAGAGCAGAUGAUGGAGGAUAAGAAGUGGCUGGAGAAGGAGGAGAGACUCCUGGUGGGAAACAGAGCAUCAUUAGCUUUAGUCAACCCCCUCUCUGUGUCCCUGUGUCCCUAUUUUCACCAAUUCAUUGUUACCCUGGAACCUGAGUGGGACAAGGCAUCUUUAAAUAGAAUAAAAACUUUUGUCCAACCUCGACGCCCCACUAGCGUUAAACCGAAUGUUCCCCUGAUAACAGUGCAAAAGAAAGGCCUCAUGUCUUUAUUCUGUAAAAUGAACCUGCCUGUUCUUUUGCAGGACCCCAUGGGACAAGAUGACGUUGCCAUUUCAGAGCCAACUAAAGAUGAGAGUGAGAAUGUGCCACCUGAGAAACCCCCACGACUCAAAGCACAGGCUGCUCCCACAGCAGAGAUCGACCGUUCUGAUGAUAAAGUAUACCAGUACGUUAUGGACUUGGUCAAAGUUGUUGUCCAACUCAAGAAUGACAUCACUGAGCUGCAACCAGAACAAUACAUCUCCAUUGUCAAGUCUGUUGGGAUGGCCUUACGAGAUCUGAUCCGCAGUGUGGAUGAUGUGCUGCCGAGUUUACAUGAGUCGAUCAGGACUGAGAUUGAAGGUACCCAGAAGCUGCUCAACAACGACAUGGCCGAGCUGAUCAGCAAAAUGCGCCUGGCCCAGCAGAACUCCAUCACAUCUUUAAAGGAGGAGUGCAAAAAACAGAUGCUGGCUGCUGCGCACACUCUGGCCAUGGACAGCAAGAACAUGUUGGAUGCUGUGGACCAAGCAAGAGUCAGAGCUAAUAUAGCCAAACCAGCUGCACCAGAGUGAACUUCUUUGUUUCUUUUCUUCAUUUUUUUUCACUGACUUUUUUUUUCUCGUCUCUCUAAAAUAACAUUUGGACCUCAUCGGACUGUUUGGUUUUGAUAAAUAUGAGCCAAAGGCAGCCUCUGGUUCUUUGGGGAACCAUCAGUGUGUAAAUGAGUGAUGUGUUAAGUGACACUGUCACAAAAAAUCCAAAUGAUAUUUUUUAAAAAUUGCAUAAAAUAGACUUAAAUGUAAUGAUCUAAUUUAUCAGUGGCUGCUCUCACACUGAACUGGGUCAUUCUGAUGAGUCCAUCAUGAAAUCUAAGUUAUGAUGAGACAUUUAUGUUAAGUUGGAAAUUAAAAAUCUUUGUAAA